AUGUCAAAAAAAGAACAGUACUCUCAUUUACAAACACAACUUGAAGCGCAAAGUUCUUUGUGUCAUACUAUUGCAGCUCAUUAUUUAAAAUCUGGAAAUAAAAAACAAGCUGCUCUUUAUCUUCGAUAUAAAAAUUCUUUUAAAGCAGAUUUAAACUCGUUGGUUUCAUAUAGUAACCACGAUAAAGAUGUCCCUGCUUUUCAUUAUCAAGAAGUUAGUUAUGAGAUAGAAAACAUUUUCCCGGAAUUGGCUGCAAAUGAUAUGGAAAUUUGCAUUGAAAGAGCUUGGAAUUUAGGAAAUAAGGAAGUAAAUGGUAAUGAUGUUGUUGCUUAUGUCAAUUGGAAUGUCGCAUGGCCACCAGAAGGUAGUCCUGGAGCGGGAAGUGGGAAGGGUGAUACCUCUACUUCUGAUCGUGGAAUGAAUCCAGAAUUUAACUUUAAAAAAAGAAUCGAUAUCGUUCGUUCAAGACCAUUUCAAAGAUAUUUGGAACGAAAAAAAGCAACAUUUGAAGUAUUUCAUUACAAAGGCUUCUUACGAAAAUCAAUUUCGCUUGGAAAAGCAACUAUUAAAUUGGAUACAUUACUUAAAAAAUCUGAAAUACAUGAUGUACUUGAGCUUGUGGAUCACGUUCGUAAACCUACAGGUGGAAAGCUUGAAAUACGUAUACGUCUCAGAACACCGUAUUCUCAAUCUGAAAUUAUAACAAAAACUGAAAAAUGGCUCAUAAUUGAUGAGUUUAACAAAGAUUUCACAAGUUUAACAUCUUCAUCUAUAUCUACUACAUCUUCAUCACCAGCAAAAUCUUCUUCCUCAUCAGCAGUGACAGCAACAGCAGCAACAGUUAAUGCAACACCUGUCAACCCAACUUUUAUUCUACAGAAAGCCAACAACAAAAAAAUUUUAUUGAAUCAGAUUCAGUUACAUCCCCCCCCAAAAAAACCAACGACGUCAUCAUCAUCACCGCCUCCUGCAUCUGUGGCGAGUUCUUCAAAAACAAAAGAACAAAAUGUCUCCCAAUCUCUCAUCACAAGUAAUACUGAAGCUAUUAAUACAGGAAAGGAUGAUGUUGAAAAUAUUGCGUCUAAUCUAGUUCUUCAAAAUGAGAUUGAACUUAUCACCAAUCAGAUAACUACAUUGGAAGCACAAAGGAAACCAAUACCAGAGGAUUUGUUAGAUAGGCAAAAUGAAUUAGAAAUCAAAAUGAAUUUAUUGUUAAUAUCUGUACAAACAAAUGAAUUAACCAUGGCUGAAUAUAUUGAAAGAGUAAAAGCAAGUAUUGUUAAUUGCAAGAAAUUAGCAUUGUUUUUUAAAAAAGCAGGUAAAUUGGAUGAAGCAAAGAAAGCAUUGAGGAGAAGUAAAAUUAUGGAGGAUGAAGUUAAAGAAGUGGAAGAAGCUAUUAAAAAUGGUGCCUUGGAGAUGUGA